AUGAUCACGGUCAACCUUGUUUGCAAUUGCACCAUGAAACCAUCCCCUAAGAUCCUAAUUGGUUACAAAAAUUCAUCGAUUCUUGCAAGAUGCCACCGUACAAUAACCAUGUCUAUGUCCAAUAACUCUACCACUUGUGGCCUCAAUCAUGAUCACAACACCAUGCAGUUCCCUUUUCACGCGCGGGAAUUUGGACGCGUAAUGCAUGGUAGCCAACAAGUUUUUGGGUUACCCUCCUCGAGUUUUGGCCAAUCAAGUUUAAUCGCAACAACAACAACAAAACGGAGUGUGUCUACCAUUGCCGGAGUUGACUUCAAUUUCAAGUCUCGUGCCUUCUCAAGCUCCAUGGAGACAUAUGAGAACAAUAAUGGUAAAAUGGUUUACGUAAAGAGUGGCCUGAAUGUGAACCCAAUAAUGGUGGAAAGGGUUGACGAUGGUGAGAAUAGUGUUGCAGGAGAGGAAGUGUCUAAUUUAGAAGUUGGUGAGAAAAAUGAGAAGAGAGAGAAUGUAGAAGAAGAGGGUGAGAAGGUAGAGGAAGAGGAGACAGAAGUGGAGAAAGAGGCAUGGAAGCUAUUGCAAGAGGCGCUUGUGACGUACUGUGACACCCCUGUGGGGACGGUGGCAGCGAAUGAUUCAGAUGAUCAACAACCUUUGAAUUAUGAUCAGGUUUUUAUUAGGGAUUUUAUCCCUUCAGCUCUUGCUUUCUUGCUCAAGGGAGAAAAGGAGAUUGUCAAGAACUUUCUCCUGCACACCUUGCAACUCCAGAGUUGGGAGAAAACAGUGGACUGCUAUAGCCCAGGGCAGGGCCUGAUGCCUGCUAGUUUCAAAGUUAAAACAAUGAAUCUUGAUGAAGGAAAAACCGAAGAAGUUUUAGAUCCAGAUUUUGGGGAAUCAGCUAUAGGUCGUGUUGCUCCUGUAGAUUCAGGAUUGUGGUGGAUCAUCCUGCUGCGGGCUUAUGGGAAGCUUACUGGGGACUACGGCUUGCAAGAAAGGUUGGAUGUUCAAACAGGCCUAAAAAUGAUCCUUAAUCUGUGCUUAACGGAUGGCUUUGACAUGUUUCCUUCUCUGUUAGUAACUGAUGGAUCUUGCAUGAUAGACAGGAGGAUGGGUAUUCAUGGCCACCCCCUUGAGAUUCAAGCCUUGUUUUACUCAGCUCUUCGCUCGGCCCGUGAGAUGGUUGCUGCAGAUGAAAAUUCCAAGAAUCUGGUUGGAGAAAUUAAUAACAGACUCAGUGCACUGUCAUUUCACAUUAGAGAAUACUACUGGUUGGACCCGCAAAAGAUGAACGAGAUAUACAGGUACAAAACAGAAGAGUACUCAUUGAAUGCCACAAACAAGUUCAACAUCUAUCCAGAUCAAAUCCCUUUGUGGGUAACUGAUUGGGUUCCAGAGGGAGGAGGAUAUCUGCUAGGGAAUCUGCAGCCAGCUCAUAUGGAUUUCAGGUUUUUCAUGCUUGGAAAUCUUUGGUCAGUUGUUUCCUCUUUGGGCACCCCAAGACAGAAUAAUGCUAUUUUGAAUCUGAUAGAAGCAAAUUGGGAUGAUCUCGUGGGGCAAAUGCCACUUAAGAUAUGUUAUCCUGCCUUGGAGCAUCAUGAAUGGCGAAUAAUUACAGGCAGUGACCCAAAGAAUACCCCUUGGUCAUAUCACAAUGGUGGGUCCUGGCCAACCCUUCUGUGGCAGUUCACACUUGCAUGCAUGAAAAUGGAGAGAACUGAACUGGCAGAGAAAGCAGUUGCUUUGGCCGAGAAGAGGCUGCCACGUGAUUCUUGGCCAGAAUAUUAUGACACCCGCACAGCAAGAUUUAUUGGUAAACAAGCCCGGCUUUAUCAAACUUGGACUUUAGCUGGGUACCUUGCAUCUAAGAUGCUUUUGAAGAGUCCUGAAAUGGCUUCCUUGUUAUGCUGGAAUGAGGAUUUUGAGAUCCUGGAGACUUGUGUUUGUUUGCUUAACAAGAGUGGCAGAGUCAAAUGCUCUCGUGACGCUGCCAAAUCUCAGAUUCUCGUGUGA